AUGGAUCCGUGGCUGAAGAAAGCUGCAUUGAGUUUUGACGGGGGUGGCAUUCGAGGAUACUGGAGUUUGCUCGCCCUCAAAGCGCUCAUGGAAGAGGUUCAAAAGGUCGAAAAGGAGAGAGACGAAGGAACCCACUCGAGCUUUGCGCCGUGUGCCGAGCCUGAGAGAGUUUCCCACUUGCGGUCAGAGGAAUAUACACACUUUCUCCCGUGUCAUUAUUUUGACUACAUUGGGGGAACAUCUACUGGAGCGUUGAUCACGAUUCUUCUCAGCCGCUUCAGGAUGACGGUAGAAGACUGCAUAACCGAGUAUAGAACAAUGGCUGGGACGAUAUUCGGCCGUCGUCGAGUGCUUCACGCCCUUAACACCUUCAUCUAUCCAAAACCCAAAUACUACGCAAAGAGUCUGGACGAUGCCAUUAACCAAGUCUCCAAUAGACGAAAGGAAAGAGGCUCAAACAAGUCAGAGAUACUCUUCGAGACGGACAGCAAAACUUGUCGAGGAAUAGCUCUUGCGACAGAUAUUAGCAAUAUAUCAAACACAAGGUUCCUAUUCAGGUCCUACAUGCCGUUCUCGGAGCUCGGCAAGCCCAUAGACCAAACCAUCGGUAUGAAGAACCAUGACGAGGGCAUAAAGUUAGCAAUGUUGACAGUUGCCCGUGCCGCCACUGCUGCACCUCUCUUUUUUGGACGUUACCGCGUCAGCUUAACUCCUGAUCAAGUAGUUGGUUCGCGUCAGGAUUUACGGAGCAGGACAACAUUUGUGGAAAGAUUGACCACGCGUCAGCCUGAGCCGAAUUCCAUGAAGACAUUUGAAGAUGCAGGUUUCACUUCGGCAAAUAAUCCAAGUGCGGAGAUUCUGGACGAAAUCGAAUACCAACAAGGAGCAAAGAAACGCGGCGAUAGGAAAUCAAACAGACCAAUCGUUGUAAGCAUUGGAACAGCGAGACCCGGAUAUUCCAACAGAAAAGAAACGGUGCGCAGCAUCAUCAAGAAGAGUUUCUACAAUGCUGGAAAUACUGAAGAUGUGCACAGCAUUAUGCUGAAGUACGAACGUGACGGCAAAUGUUUGUAUCAUCGGUUUAACGACGAGUAUGGUCUAAACAUAGAGAUGGAUGAAUGGAAGCCAAGCAAAGACGGGAGAGAGACUUUGAGGAGAAUGGAUGAUGUCUUUCAGGAAUGGCGGGAGAAUCCUGGCGUACGAACUAGCUUUCGAGCAUGUGCCGAAAGGUUGGUUGACCUGAGGCGGGCGAGAGCUUGCCAUAAAUUGUGGAAACGCUAUGCCCUAGUAAUGAAGAUCGCUUCAUUGGGCAUCUGCAACGAGACCAUGGCAUGA